AGGCAUUGGCACAUAAUGCUCAGGGAAUGGUGGAGUCACUAUCCCUGGGGGUGUUCCAGAACCGUGGGGACUUGGCACUGAGGGUCGCAGGCAGUGGGCACGGUGGAGGACGGAAGAUGGACCCUCCGGAGCUCUCGCAGACCAGAACGCGCCGCGGCGCUCUGAGCCCACCCCUUCUGCCCGGCCUUCCUCUGCCCCCGCCCACCGCGCCUCCACGCACUCUCUGCGUCGCGGAACGCGCGGCCGCGAGGCGCGCGGUGCGCCGGACCGGCGAUGGCAAGCACUUCCGCAUGGAGUUCGCCGAGCUGAUCAAGACCCCCCGAGCGGACAACGCCGUCCUGCACCGGCCCUUCCACCCGGCCGUGGAGGGGACGCUGUGCCUCACCGGGCAUCACCUCAUCUUCUCCUCUCGGCGCCAGGAUAACGUGGAGGAGCUGUGGCUGCUGCACUCCAACAUCGACUCCAUUGAGAAAAGGUUUGUGGGCUCCCUGGGUACCAUUGUUAUAAAAUGCAAAGAUCUGCGAAUUAUUCAGCUGGAUAUACCUGGAAUGGAGGAGUGUCUGAACAUUGCUAGCUCUAUUGAGGCGCUUUCGACCUUGGAUUCUGUCACUCUCAUGUACCCGUUCUUCUACCGGCCCAUGUUUGAAAUUGUUGAAGAUGGCUGGUGUGCUUUUCUGCCUGAGAAAGAGUUUGAACUCCUCAGUUCAGUGACAGACGAAUGGCGUCUAAGCUAUAUCAAUAAGGACUUCUCCAUCUGCCCUUCCUACCCUCCAGUUGUCAUCGUCCCCAAAUGCAUCGAUGAUGAAGCGCUUCAGAAAGUUGCGAUGUUUCGCUAUGGCGGUCGCUUCCCAGUCCUCAGCUAUUAUCAUCAGAAGAACAGCAUGGUCAUAAUGCGAAGCAGCCAGCCUCUCAUAGGCACAAACGGCAGACGCUGUAAAGAAGAUGAGAAGCUUAUUAAUGUCACCCUUUGUCGUGGGAAGCGUGGCUACAUCAUUGAUACGAGGUCCCUGAACACUGCCCAGCAGGCCAAGGCCAAAGGAGGAGGCUUUGAACAAGAAGCGUGUUAUCCCCAGUGGAGGAGGAUUCACAAGUGUAUUGAGAGGUUUAACAUUCUGCAGGAAAGCCUCAUCAAACUCGUGGAAGCCUGCAACGACCAGUCACACAACAUGGACCGCUGGCUCAGUAAACUGGAAGCUUCCAACUGGCUGACUCACAUCAAGGAGAUACUCACUGCAGCUUGCCUGGCUGCUCAGUGUAUUGAUAGGGAGGAUGCGUCAGUGUUGGUUCAUGGGACCGAAGGAACUGAUUCGACACUCCAGGUAACUUCUCUGGCACAGAUUAUCUUGGAUCCGAGGUGCAGGACCAUACGAGGCUUUGAAUCUCUUAUUGUCAGGGAGUGGCUGCAGGCUGGUCACCCUUUUCAGCAGCGCUGUGCCCAAUCAGCCUACUCAAAUAGCAAGCAGAAAUGGGAGGCCCCAGUGUUUCUCCUCUUUUUGGACUGUGUUUGGCAAAUCCUUCAUCAGUUUCCUUGCUCUUUUGAAUUCAAUGAACGCUUCCUUGUUAUGCUCUUUGAGCAUGCUUAUGCUUCGCAGUUUGGGACUUUCCUGGGAAACAAUGAAAACGAAAGGUCUAAACUGAAGCUGCCGCAGAAGACUAUGUCCCUGUGGUCCUGGGUGAACCAGCCUGAGGAGCUGAAAAAUUUCAGGAAUCCUCUUUUUGAGGCCAACAGCCUUGUCAUCUGGCCCUCUGUUGCCCCACAGAGCCUGCAGCUCUGGGAAGGUGUAUUCCUGCGAUGGAACAGGCCUUCCAGAUUCCUAGAUGAAGCCCAGGAAGAAGUGAACAGGAUUAUAGACUACAACAAGCUUCUUCAGGAAAAGGUUAAUUCAUUGAGGAGGCAGCUAGCGGAGCUGGAAAUGGAUGACAGGAUGCAGGAAAACCUGUGAGCUUCCAGGGCUUUGCCUCAGGUCUUUCCUUUCCAGUUCCUUUUAGGUUAAAGAUUAAACACGAAGCGCAUGUAUUGCAGAGUCCUCUGGUACAGCUGACCCUCAGUCCUCCACUGCUGAAACCUUCACACAGUGUACCUCCCUGCUUUUUGGGAGGGAUUUUUGUCUUGUUUACAGAAGAUACAACUGGGCGUAGCUUCCUCUCCUGGCAGCUUUCUUGUCUCUUACUUGUGCAGUGUCAGCAAAAGCUGAAACUCUUACCUCCACCCAGCUGUACGGAUGACCACGAUGGGCCAAGAGACGGAAUGUUACAGACUUAUGUUGGACUUGGAUUAUUUUUUUUCUUUUGCUGAACUCUCUAAACACUUUUUGCAGGAUUAAAAGACCAAGUUACGUAUAGAUAGGUAAAGGAAUUCUGUCUGAGAGCACCUUUUCUCCUCGAGUAGGUAAGGCAGCUUAGUUCUUUAGUUUUCCUAGAAAAUGGUCUAACCUAACUGUGAGACCAGCCAGUCCAAAUGAUGCUUUGUGUAGCCUUCACAUCUAACACCUGGGGGGUUUUGUGUUUUGGGAGCUGUAGGUUACAAACCAAACCAGAGUAAGAAAUUUCAGUGCAAUAUAGAACUGAAGUAGGGAUUCUGCUGCUAACGUUCAAGCUCUGACCCUCAGGUGGGAUUGUUCCUUAUGGACAAGUAACUCCUAAGGAAUAACAAACGUUUUUUUUUUCUUCUACCUGGAAAACAGAAAGGUUACGUGAUUGCUGGAGGUGUAUUCACUUGCUGAGCAAAGCAGGCACUUGGAGCUUGUCCUCUUCAGAGCCACACUGCCCUCCUGAACUCCUGGCUGUUCCUGCACAUUUGAACAGGUUCACAGCAUUGCCAGGGCGCACGAGCAGCACUGAACUGACUGCUCAGCAAAACGUUUUCACUCCAUUUUGGUUUUUUCUCUCACGCUCUUCCUAUAUGCUUCGUAAAACAUCCAAAGCUGAAGCUGGGAGUUGGCGUGAUCCAGCAUACCAGGGAGCUGCUGCAGAUGAGGAGGCUGUCACACUGCAGGGAUGUUCAUAGCGGCUGCAAAGGACUUACACUAAAACUGUUCAAAGAUGCUAGAGAAGAUUUUCUGCCAAAUAAGUUCAUCUCAUAGUUAUUUGUCUCUGUGGCUGCAAUCUGCUGUUUGUCCAGCUCUCCUCCUCCUUCAGAUAAAAUGGUGUGGCUCAUUAACUCAUGCUGGUGUUCGUGCAGCUUGAUUUCAUUGAUAGCUACGCAUAACUGAGGAGACUUGAAAUCAAGCAGUGCAUGUGGCUGGGAUUAUUGUGAGCUGCUUGCUCUAAGCCUGUUUCUGCCAGAACCAGUGCAGCUGCAUGAGGUCAACCCUGACCUCUUUGAAAAGUGUUGAAUUUAAGUGUCAUUUUCUGGAUGUUUUGGAUUGAAGCUGCCUUUACUCAAAAGCCACUUAACGUAAAGAUAUGGAAAUAGAGGCUCUUUAGUUGUCUUGGAAGAAUCUGGAGAGCAGCCUUCUGCAAAAACUGUGUGACACCUAAAAAUACCUUCCUAAAAGGUGUUCCAUAACCAAGGAGACUGUGAUAGUGAUGUUAAGCACUACCUUCAUGCCUUUUGCUUCAGUCCUUAUCUCCUUAAUCUUCUUCUUGAGUAGCCUAAGCUUACUUCUGAAGUCCUGUGGCUUAAACACUGCAUUGUAAUACCUAUUUCUGCCUACUCUUGUAGAGCAGACUUGUUCCCUAGAUUACAGCUGAUAGAUAUAACAAGUGUUCCCUAUAUCAGAGCGGCUGAUGACCUGUAUCACAUAGCAAGGGAGAUGCAAGCUGGCCGUGCCUUUCUUCCACUUCCAGGCUCCAGAUUUUUGGAGCUGCCUGCUUAUAUAGCACAUGAAAGCCCUGAAAAUUACUGCUCGCCCUUCAGAGUUAUGGCUGUGCAGCCUGCAGCUGCCUGGGUGUUGUGCUCCCAUCCCAUUCAGAACUUCUGCUGUUGCUGUGCAUCCAAAGCACAUCAUCGCUAGUUGGAUGAGAAAGACUUGGAAGGGACUGUUCUUCCCCAUCGUAGACUGUACAUAAAACGCACGUAAAGGUCUUGCAAUUAUAUACUGAGCUAAAUAAUAGAGAAGCAAAGAAGGUGGCUUUUUUUUAAUGUAAUUGCUUGGCUGCUCUAGUCUCUUUAUGGAAACUGCAGGCUUCUGGGGAAAUGGGGUAACCAGCAGCGACAGCUAACAAAAGGCAGAGCGCUCCGAGCUGGCAUUUCAUCCUUGCCUUGUGUUCAGGGCUGAACCCGCACCCCAGUGCUGUGUGCUCGCUCCGCCCUCGUGGUGGUGAGGAUUGCAGUCUUUGUGUGAAGAUGACACUGCCAUCCUGAGCAGCAGCACCAGGCUGGUUUGUUUUUCCCCCAGUUCUCCUGCAAAUAGUCCCCUUUGUGCAGCGGGGCUGACCCAAAACACGUGGACCCCGCAGGUCCUCCUGGGAAAACAGUUCUCAGAUGUCUCAUGGCAGGACACCUGCACUUCUUUUUACCUUUCCAUUCCAGUGCUUUCCAGACUGUGGAGCACUCGCUUGUGUCUGUCACGCUUAUUCCCUUGCUUUGAUCAGCUCGCUUCCUCUCAGCUUGCAGGGCUCGCCCCAUGGAGUUAGCACCAUGCUGCUUGCAGCUCACCUGUGUCUCCCCAUGCUGUGAGUGUGACGCUGCCUCACACAGCUGCUGGGAUGCCCUGUUCCUCAGCACAUAGCUCUUAGUGCAGGGAGCUGCACACAAAAAAAAAAGAAAAAGGGAAAUGGAGUCAAAAGUUGCACAGUUUUCACGAAGACAAAGGGAAUAUGUACCUUCAAUAUGUUGAUUGUAUUGACCUAACGCUUGAAUGUGGAGCCCUGUUUAAGUGCACUAUCGUCCACGCUGCGUACGAUGUAGCUGAAAUUGCACUGUACAGCAUACUGGCUUCUCGUCGUGCUUUGCUUAAAGCCUUGCAAAGAGCUGUCGUGUACAGGUUCCUGUACAAGGGAAAAUGUCUAGACUAGCACUCCUGUAGCUGUGACACUGAGUAGCACUGUGUGAUGUGUGCUAUCCGUCCGCUAGCCGGUACAAACGUUAAGUGAUGAGCGCACUUCUGUCUCAACAUCUAGAAUUGUGAAUUGGACUCGGCUGCUGCAUCAAUCUUCAUGUUAAAAUUAAACCAGUAGCAGGGCUGGGAGCUGCGUGCUGUUGUUAGAUGUAUGCUGAACGUGUACAGAAUCCCAGCUGCUGUGGUGUUGAGUAUGUUGCAAAAAUGGAACAAAUUUGAGGGAAAAAAAUUACUGUGGCUGAAAUGGCUCAGCCAUUGGAGGGGGGAGAAACAGACACCAAACGGCUGUAAGCUUCGCUGUAGAUACGUUGAGAAGAUAAUAGAAUUGUCUGUUCAAAUUAAAGUGUUCCAAUUAAAACCUUGAAGACUA